AUGACGAUGACAACUUCAACGACUUCAACGACAACAACAACUUCAACAACAACUUCGACAACAACUUCAACAACAACGACUUCAACGACAAAAACUUCAACAACAACUUCAACAACAACUUCAACAACAACGACUUCAACGACAAAAACUUCAACAACAACUUCUACGACAACAACUACAACAACAGGCAUUCCUUGUACAACAAUAUGUACCUCAUAUGAAAUAUGCGAAUCAGGUGUAUGUGUUGGUAUUGGAUACCUUUCAUGCACUUUGACAUGGUCUCGGGAUGGAGAUGGAGAUCUUGUGCUUAAAACACCAAAUAAUAAUUUUAUUUACUGGAAUAAUCCAGGUCCAUCACCCAGUACGGAUCAAGGACAUCUUGACGUAGAUGAUAAAAUUGGAACAGGACCAGAAAAUAUCUUUUGGUCAAAUAGUAGUUCUGUUCCACCAACAGGCACGUAUUAUGUAUGUUUUGAACAAUAUAGUUUCAAUUCAUCUGCAUCUUUAUCAAAUCCAAUUAUAGCUACCGUUAAAGGACCAGGCGUUCAUCCUGUCAGCUAUAUGUCUGCUGUCGGUUUUAAAUAUACAGGUGAUGGAGACACAGCUCGUUGUAAAGAUUGUGAACUUGAAGUAUCCAACUGGACAUUAGAUAUGAAUCCAUUUACUAUUCAUUCAAAAAGUCAACCUAAUUGUCCAUUCAUACGUUCUAUGAUACCGAUUUCAUCAUUAAAUGUACUAGUGCCUAACAUGUUACCAACAAAUACUACUGAAAAUGCAUCUGUACCAGCUGUGGAAGAAAAUAUUUCUACUUUUCAAAAGAUAAAAACGAUGGACUUCGGAUCAGUAUCAAAUGCUAUACUGGAAGUCGAUUCACUUCGACAAGUGCGAAUACGUACUUUUUCUCAU